GAAGUGGGUUCACUUCUCAAGGCGCGGCCCUGAACUCUGUCUUCUAGGUUAUUGGACUUUGCCACUAGCAGUAGUCAGAUAAGGCUCAUCUACUGCUGAGACGUGGAAGACAAUUUACCUGGUCCCUGUAACUAAGAAACUUCCAGAGCCUGACGGUAGCCCCGAGUGCGCAAGCGCAAGGAAAAAGCUGGGGCGGAAGCCCAGUACAGUUUUUUGACAGCGCUUCCGAGGCUGGGCCUUCGCCACCGUGACAGCAAUGGCAAUUUUUAGUGUGUAUGUGGUGAACAAAGCUGGUGGCCUGAUUUAUCAACACGACAGCUACGCGCCGCGGGCUGAGGCUGAGAAAACUUUCAGUUACCCGCUGGAUUUGCUGCUCAAGCUGCACGAUGAGCGCGUGCUGGUUGCCUUCGGCCAGCGGGAUGGCAUCCGGGUGGGCCAUGCAGUGCUGGCCAUCAAUGGCAUAGACGUGAACGGCAAGUACACGGCUGACGGGAAGGAGGUGCUGGAGUAUCUGGGUAACCCUGCAAAUUACCCGGUGUCCAUUCGCUUCGGCCGGCCCCGCCUCACCUCCAAUGAGAAGCUGAUGCUGGCCUCUAUGUUUCACUCGCUGUUUGCCAUUGGCUCCCAGCUGUCCCCUGAACAGGGAAGCUCAGGCAUUGAGAUGCUGGAGACAGACACAUUCAAACUGCACUGCUUCCAGACGCUGACAGGGAUCAAAUUUGUGGUGUUGGCAGAUCCUAGGCAAGCUGGAAUCGAUUCUCUUCUCAGAAAAAUUUAUGAGAUUUAUUCAGAUUUUGCCCUCAAGAAUCCAUUCUACUCCUUGGAAAUGCCCAUCAGGUGUGAGCUGUUUGACCAGAACCUGAAGCUAGCUCUGGAAGUAGCAGAGAAGGCUGGGACUUUCGGACCAGGGUCAUAGGCUAGACCUGUAUCGGACUUCCAAAUUCAGAUCCGUCUUAAAGCAGGAUUUCCUCGGUUUCUACUCCAACCCAGCAGCCUUGCAGUGCACUUGGAAACGGAAAGUGAUGAGCCUGAUGACACAUACUGAUCCCUGAGCCUUAACGCCAUGUUCUCCCUUCUGUAUAUAUUGUGGUCCUCCUUCCCAGUUCUGUACAGGUUUAUUUAUGGAGGCAGUAGGCCCACAAGGGCUGUAAUAAACAUUCCUCUGAUCCA